UCCCUGAGAGGUGAGCCAAGUCUUACACGAGAGAACGCGGAAAGCAAAUUAAGGAUGAGCGAAAGAAAAGAAAGAGAAAAAAAAAACGGCUGUUCCUGAGUCAUGACGAAUGAGCAAAAUUCAGACACACCUUCUACUUUUGGGGGGUAUGCCCGAUCGCAAUCUUCAACCCGCCAUGAUAAGAGACACACGCUAUCGACAAAUCACCGAAGUUCAAGAUUAGUGGCAGUCCUUAGCUAAUUUCAGGUCGGCGUCAACCUUAGCCAACCCAACCCAACCCCCUCAUGGAAGCGGGACUCCCUAUGGAACCGGCUUACAUCGGAGGCGCAGCUGCAAUGGCGCACGUCAAUCAACCCCUCUCUUGUUGCAGUUCCUAGUAUGCCAAAUCACCCUUUCUAUUCUUCUAGAAACCGCACCCUAGAGACUCGGAUCUGCACGGAUUGGCUGAAAUGCUCCGAUUAGUUCGAAUUUACCCCAGGUCGAAAUGGAUAGUCAACCUAAUGGAGCCUAUUUCGUCAACUGCCUGCGAGCUAGCACAAUCUCCUCUUCACGCCCGGCCGUGGGCUGUUAAAAGGGCUACAUCCGUCGUCUGAUGUCAUGACUAGAACUACUGAACCCAUUAAAUAUGAGGCCCCUUCGUGGGAGCACAAGAGCGUGCAUGUGUCCGACGACCACAGGAGAAUCAUUCCUAAUGUCGGCGACGACGCGACACGCCCAAAGGGCCGCAUUCGACGUUCAAUGACCGCUUGCAAUACUUGCCGCAAGCUUAAAACUCGGUGUGAUCUUGAUCCACGAGGACAUGCAUGCCGGCGGUGUCUAUCUUUAAGAAUCGACUGUCAGCUCCCUGAGACAAGUGAGCGCUUUCAAGACAGUGCUCCAAUGUGGUCAGACGCAACGACAGCUAUCCCCUCCAUCGAGGAGCGUCUCACUUCCCUAGAGAGGAGUAUGAGAGAGAUGACCGGCAUGCUCCGGCAGAUCUUGAAUCAAUCACCAAGCGUCUCUAAUAUCUCUGUGCCUCCGUUAGCUCGGAGUGUUCAUACGGAGGAAACGGCCUCCAUUGAGGGAAACUCAUUCGGCCCUUUCCUACCUAAGCCCGUUCGGCUAAUUCAGGACCUCCAAUCCGAGUUUUUUGGGGAGACAAGCCGCAUACCUGUCGAGUCUCCUUUCUUAGGUAACAGUCUUGAGAAGGGUAUCUUAGAUUCUAAGUUAUCUCUUAAGUUGGUACAGCUAUUUGUGGAUAAUUUCGGCCCCUUAGUAUCCAUAAAUAAUCAGUCCGACUUCCAUAAUGAGAUGAGGAAUACGGAUUCAUUACUAUAUAGCACUGCUUGUCUGCUGGCCUCCCGAUAUGUGCCAGGCAUACCACCACCGAUUCUCCAUGCCAUGAACCUCCAAGUUCGACAUAAGGCAGUCAAUCUGCUGUGGGAGAAACCGCCUUUGAAGUAUGAAUCGCUCCAGGCACUCGCCCUUCUUUGUCUAUGGCCAGCGGCAGGUCAGAAGGAGUUCCCCAUAGAUGGCUGGUUAUUGAGCGGGACUGCAAUCAAUCAUGCCCUCGUCUCCUUUGACUUCCUCAGCCAUGUGCCUUCAGAGCUUCUCAUUGACAACGACAUGGCUUCUCAGUUGCGGCUCUGGAAUGCUUUCUGCUUGACACAGUUACAUUUCGCUGUUGGCAACGCACGUCCAUUCCAUUUACCACAGAGAUAUCUGGAUUAUUGCCCACGACUUCUUGAGCAUCCCGCUGCAACGGUUGAGGAUGGCAAAAUUGUGGCAGAGAUUCAGUUGUAUCUGAUCACUUUGCGACUCCAAGCCAACGAACAACGUAUGCGAUUCGCGGAUGUUGAGUACGAAGAGAUCGAACGGUGGAAGGUGGAAUGGGCUCAUCUUCUCGCUGGCGAUGAAAAUUCAACAUUUGAGCUUAGUAUCUGGUUCUGCCAGAUCCUCCUGCAUCGGACAGCAAUGAGGUUCCAGGCGGAGUCCGAGAGACUCACAUCGGAAAUCCUGCAGGGGUCGCGCUUGAUCAUCUCGAGAUUUCUGCAACUCCGAUUCGUCACCGCGCUGAGAGUGGUUGAUCAGGCGUACUUCAUUGUCGGUUAUGCCGCUCUUAAUCUUUGCGACUUCAACUUCCUCGACCCCCUCAUCGACCAGAUUCAGAUGUUUCUGCUGCAUCUGUCGCCAAAUGAAGACCACAUCGCAUACCGGUUUUCAUGCAUGAUAGCGGAGUUCAAGCGUCGCUGUGCCGAAUGCAACGACCCUUGCAGCGCAGUCGACGGUUCUCAAUGUUCGUUCGGAGAUGCCCGGAAGAUGAGCAUGGAACAGGUACAAUUCGUGCCACCACUGGUAGAUAAUAUGAUUGAGGGAUAUGGUGCUCUGGAACAGCUGAUCCCUGAGGUCAUGCCACAGUCAUUUCCGGAAAAUGUCAUUAGUGGCAUGGCUGUGACUGAAGCCAUCCCUGUGGGAUCAGCGCCAUACUAACAACUUUUUGAUACCGUAAUAAUAGUAUAACGAAAAUGGUGUUGAGGACGGUUUGGGCUGGGUGGGUUUACACGGUCUGGCGCGUAUUAAAUAUUGGAUAUACGAUACUUUCUCCCAUACCCUAAUUCAAAU